AUGUGCAUACUCGCCGCCGUGGCGCUCGGCUGCCUGUGCUGUGUCCUGUGGAUCGACCCUGGCACCGUCCACCGCAGCUCCUCGACCUGCCUACCUCUUCCGCCCGAGGUGGCGGCGAGGCUCGAAGGCGGAGGAGAAGACCUCGCCGGGCUCCGCAACCCCGUCGCCGGCCGUGACACCUACUGCGUCCGCUGCUGCGUCUGGCGGCGCGCCGGCGACGGCUCACCCCACCACCACUGCAGUGUGUGCCAGCGCUGCGUCUCUGGCUUCGACCACCACUGCGGCGUGCUCGGCCGCUGCAUCGCCGGCUCGGUCGUCCCGUGGCGCGGCAGCAUGCCCUACCUUCGCCCACAGGAAGCUUCCCGAGAGCAGCUUCCGAUCCGUUCGAGCCUACCUGUAGGCAACAUGCCCUACUUUCGACUCCUCCUCGGCACGCACUUUUGCGCGACUGCGGCCUCCGCCACCGCCGUCGCCGCCGCCGUCGGAGAUGGGCUGGGCUGGCCGGUGGCGAUGGCGGUCAGCGGCUGGCUCGCUCUCGCUCUGCUCGCAAACUGCGCGCCGCGCUGCUGCGGCCGGGGCGGCUGCCGCUGCGUGCCUCCCGUUAACGACUUCACCGCGGCAGACGCGCGCAGGGCGAUGGUCCAGCUGUCGUCGCCACCGCCGCUGCGUGUGGCGGUUGCGACGCGGGUUGCGGGCGACGUGGAGGCUGGCGUCGCCGCCGAGGACACGACGGCGACCCUUCUGACCGCCUCGCCCCUCACACCCUCAACCAAUCUCUCCUCGCCUCCUUCCUCGCCGCCGCCUCCCUCGCCGCCUCCCUCGCCGCCUCCCUCGCCUCCUCCUCCCUCGCCGCCUCCCUCGCCGCCUCCCUCGCCUCCUCCUCCCUCGCCGCCUCCCUCGCCGCCCAGUCUCGGCGUCGCACUCCUCGACGACCUCAAGCUGCGCGCGCGCUCUGCAGUGCGCGCCGCGUCAGCGGCCGCCGCCCGCGCCGGCCUCGCGGGCCAUGGCGGCGGGGGAGGCCUCGGGUCGGUGCGCUGGGAGGUGUGCCCCUCGCUGGAGGGGGCGGGGUGGGAGGCGGCCGCCGCAUCCUCGCUGCUGCAGAACGGGUUCGUGGUGCUCCGAGGGGGCGGGCAGCAGCUGCACGCCGCCUCUUCCGGCCAGGCAGGCGCGCAGACUGCCGCGUGCACCUUGGUGCCGCGAGACACUUGCGAGGCUUGCGCUGCGGCGGCGGAGGCGCGGCUCGCGUGCUUGCUCGCCCGAGCGCGCGGGAAGGGCAAGGCGGGGCUCGUCAACGCCUUCAUCCCGCUCGUGCCCGUCACGCGGCACAACGGGGCCACCGAGCUCCGCCCAGGCUCGCACCGCUUCAACGACCCGCGCACGGUGCCAGUGGCUCCCGAGCUCGCCGUCGGCGACGUUCUUCUCUUCGACUGGCUGCUGCUGCUGCACCGCACGCCGUGGCGACGCGAGAUCGCCCGAGAUCACCCGAGAUCGCCCGAGAGUAGGCUGCUGCUGCACCGCGGCCGUGGCAACGCGACGCCCUCGAGCCGGCCGGCGGCGUCUUCUCCGCACGCGUCCGCUGAGGAGGCUUCGGCCGAUCUCGAGCAAACCUCGAGCAGACUUCGGCCGGCUCUCGGCCAGCUCGAGGCGGCGAUGCGCGUGACCUUGUGGUCUUCCGUCGCUCUCGCCCUCGUCGCCGCCCUCACGCUGAGCGAGUCCGAGGGCGCCUGCAGAGCCCGCCUCGCCACCGCCUCUCUCCGCUGGGCUCUGCCGGUCGCGGCAGUCUUCGCCCUCCCCGCCCUCGCCCUCGAGCUGCAUCUGCGCUGCUCCGCCGGCAGCUACGUGCAGCUGAGCGUGGCGGGUGGCGCAUACCGCCCGCCGAUCGACCGCAAAUUCGCGAGACGCUGCAGCCGCACCAGAGCCGCCCUCGCCGCCGCCGCCGCCGCCGUCGCCGCGGCGGCGGCCUUGCUGGGCUACUCGGCGUGCUCGGUCGUGCCUCCCACCGCGCUGCUCGGCGUGCUGGCGCUCGUGCGAGCCUUCCCCGCCUUCUCCGCCCCGUGGUACUGGGCGGCGCACUACGCGUGCACGUUCGGCGGACGCGAGGAGUGGUUCUGCUCGGCCGAGGAGGCGGCGGCGCUCGCGUCCAAGCCCCUCCUCGACCAGCUGGAGCGCUUGGCGCGAGAAGAGGGGCCGCGGGAUUGCGGCGGCCGCGGCGGCGGCGGGCUGCCGCGCCGUCCGGCCGGCUCGCAGCUGAUGGUGGUGGACAAGGGCGCCCUUUCGGCCGUCGCCGUCGCCGGCGUCGCCGCGUGGCGCGUGCUGCUCGAGGGCGGACUCCUCGUCUCCUUCUCGCUCGGGCCGCCGACGGCGCCGCCCCCGUUCCGGCAGGCCGAGGCGCAGGGCGCAGCCUUCGAGGUCGGGCCGCCAGUCACAGUCGCCUCCUCAAAGGCGGGCGAGAGCGUGGUCUGCUACUUUGCGAGGAAGGUGGCCCGCGGCGGGCCGGCGGGGCGGGUGGAUUGCGGCUGGCCGGUGGUGUUGCUCGUGUGCUUUGCCCAUUCCGUGCCGGGCGUCCGUGCCGGGCUCAUGGGCGGCGUGGCGGGGGGCGUGCCGGGCGAGGCGGGGCGCUUUGCCUUGCCGCUGGUGGGCGACCACGCCCGCCAGGGGCAGUCGGGCUUGCCGCGGAUGCACUUGCCCGCCGUCCCGUCCUUGGCGCCUGGCGUUCCGCACUUGUGGCAGGCAAAGCGGCGCGAGCCGGGCGAGGCGGACCACGAGAAAGACUCUCCCCGCUUGAGCUUCGUGUGGAAGAGCUUCAUCGCGGACUUGGCCUUGCCGAGUCCGACGAAGGCGGUCUUGCGAAUCAUCGGCAGGCUCACCCGCCACUUGCGGUUCUUGCGGAUCGCGCGCACCUUGGCGGCAUAG